AGCCGCGGGGAAGCAAUUCGGCGGCGGACCAAGAUGGCGGCGCCCAGUGAGGGGCCCGCGUUUGACGCGGGAGUCGAAAAGAAUUGGGGUGCGGGCGUUCGCUCCCCGGAAGAGACCCCCCAGAAAGUACGGCAGCUGAUAGACGAGGGGAUUGCCCCUGAGGACGGAGGCGCCGACGCCAAGGACUCUUCGGCCGCGUUGCAGUCACUUCCCGGAUCCCUCCAGGGAGAGGAGCCUGCGUUGGAAUCCACCAGCAAAGAAGCCUUCUUCUGCAGGGUGGAAACGUUUUCUUGUUUGAAAUGGGCAGGGAAGCCCCCCGAGCUGUCACCUCUGGUCUGUGCCAAGUACGGCUGGGUCACGGUGGACAGCGACCUGCUCAAGUGUCCCAGCUGCCAGGCCCUCCUCUGCGCCUCCUUACAGCCAGCCUUGGACCUUGACAGGUAUAAGGAGCGGUGUGUGGAGCUGAAGAAGUCCUUGUGUUCCGCCCAUGAGAAGUUCUGUUUCUGGCCGGACAGCCCCUCGCCAGACCGAUUUGGGAUGUUGCCGUUGGAUGAGCCCGCUGUCCUGCUAAGUGAGUUCCUGGAUCGCUUUCAGAGCCUUUGUCACCUGGAGCUGCAGCUCCCGUCCCUGAGGCCAGAGGACUUGAAAGGCAUGUCUUUGACUGAGGACAAGAUCAGUCUUCUGCUACACCUACUGGAAGAUGAACUUGACCACCAAAAGGAUGAGAAAAAAGCAGCCACCAAGUUAGGCUCAGACAUCCAAGUCCGCAUCACUGCCUGUGUUCUCGCCGUGUGUGGCUGGGCAUGUAGCUCCUCUUUGGAACCCAUGCAGCUCUCGCUGAUAACGUGUUCCCAGUGUGUGAGGAAGGUGGGACUGUGGGGCUUCCAGCAGAUCGAGUCAUCCGUGGGCGACCUGGACACCUCCCUUGGCCUGGCCGGCUCUCCCACCCUGGGUCCCGACGUGCGGCCAGAGCGCCUCCCUGCAGUGCCAGAAUCUCCUCGAAGGAUGAUGACCCGCAGCCAGGACGCCACGGGCCCCCCAGGCUCCGAGCAGUCUGAAAAGAGCCCAGGUUCCAUUGUUUGCCGAACUCGGAGCCUGGACUCUUCCAGCCCCGUUGAGCGUGCAGAGUCGGAGGCAGCCAGCCCCACCGCCAGAACCCGCCCAGUGACGCGGAGCAUGGGACCAGGGGACAACGCUGGCCUGGAAGUUCCGUCCAGCCCCCUCCGGAGGGCCAAGCGACCUCGUCUCUGCUCCUCCAGCAGCUCGGACACAUCUUCCCGGAGCUUCUUCGAGCCCACCUCCCAGCACAGAGACUGGUGCCCGUGGGUGAACCUCACGCUUGGCAAAGCUGUCCAGGAAAGCAGUGGCAUGGAACCCGAAGGCGCUACCCCCCCAGAGCCAGGCUGGAAGGCGGUGCUGGCCCUCCUGCUGGCCCAGAGGCAGUCCAGCCAGACCACGGAGGCAGAGUCCAUGAGUCUCUCUGACAAGUCAAGGAAAGUCUUCCGGAUAUUCCGACAGUGGGAGUCCUUAGGCUCGUCCUGAGCUGCUCCAGCCCCUGCCAGAGAG